AUGCUGCCGCCCGCGCCCUCCCGGUUCGGGUUGCUGCUGCUGCUGCUCCUGUGUCCGGCGCACGUCGGAGGACUCUGGUGGGCCGUGGGCAGCCCCUUGGUCAUGGACCCCACCAGCAUCUGCAGGAAGGCACGGCGGCUGGCAGGGCGGCAGGCAGAGCUGUGCCAGGCCGAGCCGGAAGUGGUGGCAGAGCUAGCCCGUGGCGCCCGACUCGGGGUGCGAGAGUGCCAGUUCCAGUUCCGCUUCCGCCGCUGGAACUGCUCCAGCCACAGCAAGGCCUUCGGGCGAAUCCUGCAGCAGGACAUUCGGGAGACGGCCUUCGUGUUCGCCAUCACCGCGGCAGGUGCCAGCCACGCGGUCACGCAGGCCUGUUCCAUGGGCGAGCUGCUGCAAUGCGGCUGCCAGGCCCCCCGCGGGAGGGGCCCGCCUCGGCCCUCCGGCCUACCAGGCACCCCGGGCCCCCCGGGCCCCGCGGGCCCCGCGGACGCCAGCGCCGCCUGGGAGUGGGGAGGCUGCGGUGACGAUGUGGACUUCGGGGACGAGAAAUCGAGGCUCUUCAUGGACGCGCAGCACAAGCGGGGCCGCGGGGACAUCCGCGCGCUGGUGCAGCUACACAACAACGAAGCGGGCCGGCUGGCCGUGCGGAGCCACACGCGCACCGAAUGUAAGUGCCACGGGCUGUCCGGCUCGUGCGCCCUGCGCACCUGCUGGCAGAAGCUGCCCCCGUUCCGCGAGGUGGGCGCGCGGCUGCUGGAGCGCUUCCACGGCGCCUCGCGCGUCAUGGGCACCAACGACGGCAAGGCCCUGCUGCCCGCCGUCCGCACGCUCAAGCCCCCGGGCCGCGCCGACCUCCUCUACGCGGCCGACUCGCCCGACUUCUGCGCCCCCAACCGGCGUACCGGCUCGCCGGGCACGCGCGGCCGCGCCUGCAACAGCAGUGCCCCGGACCUCAGCGGCUGCGACCUGUUGUGCUGCGGCCGCGGGCACCGCCAGGAGAGCGUGCAGCUCGAAGAGAACUGCCUGUGCCGCUUCCACUGGUGCUGCGUGGUGCAGUGCCACCGCUGCCGCGUGCGCAAAGAGCUCAGCCUCUGCCUCUGACCCCGACUGCGCAGAGCCGCCGCUCCCCCGGCAGGGGGCGCUGCGCCGGCCCAGGCGCUC